AGAUAGGUCAGCAAGUAGUGAUAAAACGUAUCAAAGAAUUGAUGAGGAAAUUAGAGACCCACCUAGACUAAGUGACGAUAUAAUCCUGAAGGUUAAAUCUGCUAGUGAAAUAAAUGGUGAUGAAGAGGAAAAUGAUGGAAUUAUGAAGAGAAAGAUAAGAAAUAAGAUGUUAUCAACGAUCAACUGUA